AUGUUUCUUGAAAUUCGAAAGCCCGUUAAAAAGUUGGAUAAGAUAGGCAGGUACAGAAAUGCAGCGAUGAUGAUUGGACGUGGGGGUUUUAUGCAUACUCGUGCAUCUGUGCGUUACACUGGUAUUGUAGGGAGGGACUCUGAUAGAGAUAUUGUUGUUGAAAUGCUUUUAAAAUCAGGAAAUGAAGAUACCCUUUUUGUAUUUCCCAUUGUUGGAGUUGGAGGAAUUGGAAAAACUACUCUUGCAAAACUGGUGUAUAAUGAUCCAAGGAUAGUUAGAGAAGAUUUGUGUGAGAAUCUUGGUAUGAAUGAACUGCAGAAACUCGUUCGUGAGACAUUGUAUGAAAAGAAUUAUUUGGUUGUUUUAGAUGAUGUAUGGAAUGAGUACCCGGUGAAGUGGAAUGAAUUGAAGAAGUUGUUGAUUGUGGGUUCUUGUGGAAGCAAGAUUCUUGUAACUACUCGGAACGAAGCAGUAGCUUCGUUAAUGGGAACCGUUCCUGCAUACUGUUUGAAAGAAGUGCGAGGGAAAUCCCUUAUUCUUAAUGACUGUAGGAUUUUCAUUGCGUAUGGAACUGAUGAAUGGAAGUGGGAUGAUGUUGAAGAUCAUGAUAUGUGGAACUCAAAUCAGGAUGACAAAAUUGCACCUGCACUAAGUGUGAGCUACGAGCGAUUGCCAUCUAAUCCCAAAGUUUGUCUUGCUUAUUGCUCAAUAUUUCCCAAGGGCUGUGCGAUUGAAAUAGAUAAAUUGAUACAGUUGUGGGUAGCAGAGGGACUCAUUACAGCACAGGUUGAAUUCUGUACGGUAAAUUCUCACAUACAAAAUAUUUCUGAUGAGGUCAGACAUGUGGCAUUUUCUGACUAUGAUUUGUCAGGCAAGAAACUUCCAGCAUCCCUUGUCAGUAACCAGGCAUUAAGGACUAUAUCUUUCUCCGUUAAUGGAGUAGGGCCGAUGAGUACAAUGUUCGUUGAGAACUGCAUAGCAAGAUUCAUGCAACUUAAGGUGCUAGAUAUCAGUGAUUCAUGUUUUGAUGAGCUGCCUAGCUCCGUUGGCGAAUUGAAGUAUUUAAGAUAUCUUGACGUAAGUGCCAAUGGUAGCAUUAAAGAAUUACCUGAUUCAAUUAACGAGUUGCUGAGCUUACAAACACUGCGAGUUUCUCAUUGUGCACGACUUGAAGGACUACCUAAAGAUAUUGGAAACUUGAUCAGUCUAAGACACUUGCAUAUAACCACCAAGCAAGCCUUUUUGCCUGAUAAAGCAAUUGGCUGCUUAUCAUCUCUUCGUUCUUUGUUUAUUUACAGCUGCAACAAUCUCGUAUCUUUGUCUGAAGGUCUGCAACAUCUGACUAGCCUUCGCACACUGGCAAUUAUUGGCUGCCCAAGACUGACCUUUUUCCCAAGUGCUAUGAAACACCUUACUGCUCUGGAGAAUCUGUUGAUUGUUGACUGUGAAGAGCUGACAUUGUUGGAGUGGCAAGAUAUCGAAGGACUUAGGAUGGUCCGGUCAUUGGUUAUUGGAGGCUUACCCGAAUUGGAGUCAAAAGAUGUUCAUUGCCUUGGGAGCCUUCAGAUGUUGGUGCUUGCUGGUUUACCACAAUUAGUUACUUUGCCCUGA